UCUCUGAUGAAAUCAUUUGUACCUCGGCAACAGAAAGACAGCAGCAGCAGUCAUGUUGGUUUUACACCAGUGUUGUGUUAGUUUUCGCUCUCUGUCUCGGAGGACGGUGUCUUCUUUCAGUCCUGCGUUUCUUCGCUGUUUCCACAGUCGUUCAGAUCUGUGUCCUCCGACAUUACGGACAACCACAGCCUCGACGAGGCUCCUCUCCUCGCAGGAGCAGCGGAGGGGUCGUUACUUGUCGCCAGUUGACAGAAGUGAAGCUGGUCUGAUCAUCUGCAGAGGGUUUUCAGCUUCGCAGUGUAUCAGAAGUGACGCUCUUGGAAAGAUCGAGUCAACUCAUUAUCAUCUUGUUUACACGUGCAAGGUUUGCUCCACAAGAUCCACGCAAAAGAUAUCCAAGAUAGCAUACCACAAAGGUGUCGUGAUAGUGACGUGUCCAGGAUGUAAAAAUCAUCACAUCAUCGCUGAUAACCUUGGCUGGUUCUCUGACCUUGAAGGGAAGAGAAACAUUGAGGAAAUCCUUGCUGCCAAAGGAGAAACUGUGAAGAGGAUUGAAGGAAGUGCUGCUUUGGAGAUAGUGUUGGAUGAAUCCAGAAAAGACAAGUCACAAUGUAGUGAAGACACAGAAAAAUCAGACAAUGUUCCAGAGAAACAAUAAUGCUGUUAAUACCUGCAAAUGCAUACAUGUAUUGUUUAUAUUUCAUUAAUUUCCUAAUAAAUGUAAAUAUUUUUCCUGAA